AUGGAAACUGCACACCCAGAAUAUUGGCACAACAGAGGAAUCCAGUUGGAGAGCCCGGAGGACAAAUCCCCCCGUGAGACCCUGGUGGGAGAGGCCGUUUUGAAGGGCUCCCCGGCGCAGGAAGGCAGCGGGGAGGAAAAGGGCCGGAGAUCCCCCCGCAGGAGGGGCUCCAAAGCCAUCCCAGGGUGCUCUGAGGAGGAAAGAGCCAGCCUGUGCCGGGAAGGCGGCCGGAGCUUGAGCCAGAGCUCUGAGCUGGUGGUCCCUGAGCAGCCUCCCAGCAGGCAGAAGCCCUUCAGGUGCUUGGAAUGUGGGAAGAGCUUCAGGAAGAGCUUCAACCUCCUCACCCACCAGCACAUCCACACCGGGGAACGUCCCUACAUGUGUGGUGAAUGUGGGAAGAGCUUCAGGCAGAGGUCCAACCUCCACACCCACCAGCGCAUCCACACUGGGGAACGGCCCUACACAUGUAGGGAAUGUGGGAAGAGCUUCAACCAGAGCUCCAACCUCCGCACCCACCAGGGCAUACACAGUGGAGAACGGCCCUACCCGUGUAUGGAAUGUGGGAAGAGCUUCAGGGACAGCUCCCACCUGAUCGAACACCAGCACAUCCACACCGGAGAACGGCACUACACCUGUAGGGAAUGUGGGAAGAGCUUCAGCCAGAGAUCCACCCUCCUCCAACACCGUGGUGUGCACACUGGAGAACGGCCCUACACGUGUUGGGAAUGUGGGAAGAGCUUCAGUUACAGCUCCACCCUCCACAUCCACCGACUCAUCCACACUGGGGAACGACCUUACAAGUGCUUGGAAUGUGGGAAGAGGUUCAGGACCAGCUCAGAUCUCCUCAGGCAUGAGCAGACACACACGGAUGAGAGGCCCUUCCGCUGCACCGACUGCGGGAAGGGCUUCAACCGGAACUCCCACCUUGUCACCCACCGGCACAUCCACACCGGGGAGAGGCCCUACAAGUGUGGGGAGUGUGGGAAGAGCUUCACCGAGAGCUCUAACUUCAACCUCCUCACCCACCAGCACAUCCACACUGGGGAACGUCCCUACAUGUGUGGGGAAUGUGGGAAGAGCUUCAGGCAGAGGUCCAACCUCCACACCCACCAGCGCAUCCACAGUGGGGAACGGCCCUACACAUGUAGGGAAUGUGGGAAGAGCUUCAACCAGAGCUCCAACCUCCGCACCCACCAGGGCAUACACACUGGAGAACGGCCCUACCCGUGUAUGGAAUGUGGGAAGAGCUUCAGGGACAGCUCCCACCUGAUCGAACACCAGCACAUCCACACCGGAGAACGGCACUACACCUGUAGGGAAUGUGGGAAGAGCUUCAGCCAGAGAUCCACCCUCCUCCAACACCGUGGUGUGCACACUGGGGAACGGCCCUACACAUGUUGGGAAUGUGGGAAGAGCUUCAGUUACAGCUCCACCCUCCACAUCCACCGACUCAUCCACACUGGGGAACGACCUUACAAGUGCUUGGAAUGUGGGAAGAGGUUCAGGACCAGCUCAGAUCUCCUCAGGCAUGAGCAGACACACACGGAUGAGAGGCCCUUCCGCUGCACCGACUGCGGGAAGGGCUUCAACCGGAACUCCCACCUUGUCACCCACCGGCGCAUCCACACCGGGGAGAGGCCCUACAAGUGUGGGGAGUGUGGGAAGAGCUUCACCGAGAGCUCUAAUUACACUACACACCAGCACAUCCACACUGGGGCACGACCCUACUCAUGUGGGGAAUGUGGGAAGAGCUUCAGGGACAGCUCCACCCUCCGCACCCACCAACGCAUCCACACUGGAGAACGGCCCUACAAGUGUGGGGAGUGUGGGAAGAGGUGUCGGACCAGCUCAGAUCUCGUCGUGCACCAGCGGACGCACACAGAUGAGAGGCCCUUCCGCUGCACCGACUGUGGGAAGGGCUUCAAGCAGAACUCCCACCUUGUCACCCACCGGCGCAUCCACACCGGGGAGAGGCCCUACAAGUGUGGGGAGUGUGGGAAGAGCUUUAGCCACAGCUCCCACCUGAUCCGGCACAAGCACAUCCACACAGGAGAGAAGCCCUUCAGGUGCUUGGAAUGUGGGAAGAGCUUCAGUCAGAGCUCUCACGUGCUCCGACACCAGGACAUGCACACUGGGGCACGUCCCUACACGUGUGGAGAAUGUGGGAAGAGCUUCAGCCAGAACUACCACCUCCGCACCCACCAGCGCAUCCACAGCGGGGAACGGCCCUACAAGUGUGAGGAAUGUGGGAAGAGCUUCAGCCGGAGGUACCACCUCUGCACCCACCAGCGCAUCCACAGUGGGGAACGGCCGUACACAUGUGAGGAAUGUGGGAAGAGCUUCAACCGGAGCUUUCACCUUCGUUCCCACCAGCACAUCCACACUGGAGAAUGUCCUUACACGUGUAGGGAAUGUGGGAAGAGCUUCAGUCACAGCUCCACCCUCCGCAAACACCAUCGCAUCCACACUGGGGAACGGCCCUACAAGUGCUUGGAAUGUGGGAAGAGGUUUCCAACCAGGGGCAAUCUCUACACGCAUGAGCGGACGCACAGGGAUGAGAGGCCCUUCUGCUGCACCGACUGCGGGAAACGGUUCAAGGAGAAAUCCCAUCUUGUCACCCACCGACGCAUCCACACCGGGGAGAGGCCCUACAAGUGUGGGGAGUGUGGGAAGAGAUUCACCCAGAUUGGUGUCUUAACCAAACACCAACGGACCCACCGGUAAGAGAAGCCCUACCAGUGCCCCGACUGCAGGAAGAGCUUCGGCCAUAAGAAAAAUUUAAUAACUGAAACAAAGCUCCAUCUCAGGCAGAAGCCCUUCAGGUGCUUGGAAUGUGGGAAGAGCUUCAGGAAGAGCUUCAACCUCCUCACCCACCAGCACAUCCACACCGGGGAACGUCCCUACAUGUGUGGUGAAUGUGGGAAGAGCUUCAGGCAGAGGUCCAACCUCCACACCCACCAGCGCAUCCACACUGGGGAACGGCCCUACACAUGUAGGGAAUGUGGGAAGAGCUUCAACCAGAGCUCCAACCUCCGCACCCACCAGGGCAUCCACACUGGAGAACGGCCCUACCCGUGUAUGGAAUGUGGGAAGAGCUUCAGGGACAGCUCCCACCUGAUCGAACACCAGCACAUCCACACCGGAGAACGGCACUACACCUGUAGGGAAUGUGGGAAGAGCUUCAGCCAGAGAUCCACCCUCCUCCAACACCGUGGUGUGCACACUGGGGAACGGCCCUACACAUGUUGGGAAUGUGGGAAGAGCUUCAGUUACAGCUCCACCCUCCACAUCCACCGACUCAUCCACACUGGGGAACGACCUUACAAGUGCUUGGAAUGUGGGAAGAGGUUCAGGACCAGCUCCACUCUCCUUGUGCACCAGCGGACGCACACGGAUGAGAGGCCCUUCCGCUGCACCGACUGUGGGAAGGGCUUCAACCGGAACUCCCACCUUGUCACCCACCGGCGCAUCCACACAGGGGAGAGGCCCUACAAGUGUGGGGAGUGUGGGAAGAGCUUCACCGAGAGCUCUAAGUUGACCAGACACCAAUGGACCCACCGCAGGGAGAAGCCCUUCAGGUGCUUCGAAUGUGGGAAGAGCUUCAGCUGGAGGUCCCACCUGCUCCGCCACCUGCACAUCCACACUGGGGAACGGCCCUACAAGUGCUUGGAAUGUGGGAAGAAGUUUCAGCGCAGCUCACAUCUUCUCCUGCACCAGCGGACGCACACGGAUGAGAGGCCCUUCCGCUGCACCGACUGCGGGAAGGGCUUUAAGCACAACUCCACCCUCCUCACCCACCGGCGCAUCCACACCGGGGAACGGCCCUACAAGUGUGGGGAGUGUGGGAAGAGCUUUACCCAUAGCUCCACCCUCCACAACCACCAGCUCAUCCACACUGGGGAACGGCCCUAUAAGUGCUUUGAAUGUGGAAAGAUGUUUGCAACCGACUGGAAUCUCCUGCAGCACCAGCGGACGCACACGGAUGAGAGGCCCUUCCGCUGCACCAACUGCGGGAAGGGCUUCAACCAGAACUCCACCCUCGUCACCCACCGGCGCAUCCACAGCGGGGAGAGGCCUUACAAGUGCUUGGAAUGUGGGAAGAGCUUCAGUCAGAGCUUCAGCCUGCUCCGCCACCAGCAAAUCCACACUGGGGCACGUCCCUACACAUGUGGAGAAUGUGGGAAGAGCUUCAGCCAGAGCUACCACCUCCGCACCCACCAGCUCAUCCACACUGGGGAACGGCCCUACAAGUGUGAGGAAUGUGGGAAGAGCUUCAGCCGGAGCUUUCACCUUCGUUCCCACCAGCACAUCCACACUGGAGAAUGUCCUUACACGUGUAGGGAAUGUGGGAAGAGCUUCAGUGACAGCUCCACCCUCCGCAAACACCAUCGCAUCCACACUGGGGAACGGCCCUACAAGUGCUUGGAAUGUGGGAAGAGGUUUCAGACCAGCUCACAUCUCCUCCUGCAUGAGCGGACGCACACGGAUGAGAGGCCCUUCCGCUGCACUGACUGCGGGAAGGGCUUCAACCGGAACUCCAACCUCGUCACUCACCGGCGCAUCCACAGAGGGGAGAGGCCCUACAAGUGCUUCGAAUGUGGGAAGAGCUUCAGCUGGAGGUCCCACCUGCUCCGACACCUGCUCAUCCACACUGGGGAACGGCCCUACACGUGUAGGGAAUGUGGGAAGAGCUUUAGUGACCGGUCCACCCUCCGCACCCACAAACACAUCCACACUGGGGAACAGCCCUACACGUGUGGGGAAUGUGGGAAGAGCUUCAGCCUGAACACCACCCUCCGCACCCACGAACGCAUCCACACUGGGGAACGGCCCUACACGUGUGGGGAAUGUGGGAAGAGCUUCAGUCAGAGCUCCAAUCUCCGCACCCACCAGCUCAUCCACACUGGGGAACGGCCCUACAAGUGCUUGAAAUGUGGGAAGAGGUUUCGGACCAGCUCAGAUCUCCUCCUGCACCAGCGGACGCACACGGAUGAGAGGCCCUUCCGCUGCACCGACUGUGGGAAGGGCUUCAACCGGAACGGCAACCUCGUCACCCACCGGCGCAUCCACACCGGGGAGAGGCCCUACAAGUGUGGGGAGUGUGGGAAGACCUUCCCCCACAGCUCUACCUUGACCUCACACCAACGGACCCACCACAGGGAGAAGCCCUUCAGGUGCUUGGAAUGUGGGAAGAGCUUCAGUAGGAGCAGCACCCACCUCCUCACCCACCAGCACAUCCACACUGGAGAAUGUCCUUACACAUGUAGGGAAUGUGGGAAGAGCUUCAGUGACAGGUCCACCCUCCUCAGCCACCAGCACAUCCACACUGGGGAACGGCCCUACAAGUGUAGGGAAUGUGGAAAGAGCUUCAGUAAAAGCUCUACCCUCCUAACCCACCAGCACAUCCACACGGGGGGACGACCCUACACAUGUAGGGAAUGUGGGAAGAGCUUCAGCCAGAGCUCCACCCUCCACACCCACCAACGCAUUCACACUGGGAAACGGCCCUACAAGUGCUUGGAAUGUGGGAAGAGGUUUCAGACCAGCUCAUAUCUCCUCCUGCAUGAGCGGAUUCACACAGAUGAGAGGCCCUUCCGCUGCACCGACUGCGGGAAGGGCUUCAACCGGAACUCCACCCUCGUCAGGCACCGGCGCAUCCACACCGGGGAUAGGCCCUACAAAUGUGGGGAGUGUGGGAAGAGCUUCACCCAGAGCUCUAAUUUGACCAAACACCAACGGACCCACCAGUAAGAGAAACCCUACCAGUGCUUGGAAUGUGGGAAGAGCUUCAGGAAGAGCACCAACCUCCUCCGCCAUCAGCAUAUCCACACUGGAGAAUGGCCCUACACUUGUAGGGAAUGUGGGAAGAGCUUCAGCCGGAGCUCCAGCCUGAUCCGACACCAACGCAUCCACACUGGGGAACGGCCCUACGCGUGUGGGGAGUGUGGGAAGAGCUUCAGGGACAGCUCCGACCUUAUCCGACACCAGCACAUCCACAGUGGGGAAUGGCCCUACACAUGUGGGGAAUGUGGGAAGGGCUUCAGGAAGAGCUCCUGCCUUCUCACCCACCAGCUCAUCCACACUGGGGAAUGUCCCUACACAUGUGGGGAAUGUGGGAUGAGCUUCAACCAGAGCUCUGUCUUUCGCAGACACCAGCGCAUGCACACUGGGGAACGGCCCUACACAUGUGGGGAGUGUGGGAUGACUUUCAACCAGAGCUCCACUCUCUGCAGCCAUCAGCACAUCCACACUGGAGAACGGCCCUACACAUGUGGGGAGUGUGGGAAGAGCUUUAACCAGCGCUCCACCCUCUUCACCCACCGGCUCAUCCACACUGGGGAACGGCCCUACACAUGUGGGGAAUGUGGGAAGAGCUUCAACCGGAGCUCCACCCUCCGCACCCACCAGCGCAUCCACACUGGAGAACGGCCCUACAAGUGCUUGGAAUGUGGGAAGAGGUUUCAGACCAGUUCACAUCUCCUCGUGCACCAGCGGACACACACGGAUGAGAGGCCCUUCCGCUGCACCGACUGCGGGAAGGGCUUCAAGCAGAACUCCACCCUCAUCACCCACCGGCACAUCCACACCGGGGAAAGGCCCUGAAAGUGUGGGGAGUGAUGCUGUAAGUUUUUUUCUCUUGUCUCUGGUUUGCAGAUUCAUCAGCAACCUCCCACUAGAAAGAAGCCCUUCAGGUGCUGGGAAUGUGGGAAGAGCUUCAGUCAGAGCUUCAGCCUGCUCCGCCACCAGCAAAUCCACACUGGGGCACGUCCCUACACAUGUGGAGAAUGUGGAAAGAGCUUCAGCCAGAGCUACCACCUCCGCACCCACCAGCUCAUCCACACUGGGGAACGGCCCUACAAGUGUGAGGAAUGUGGGAAGAGCUUCAGCCGGAGCUUUCACCUUCGUUCCCACCAGCACAUCCACACUGGAGAAUGUCCUUACACGUGUAGGGAAUGUGGGAAGAGCUUCAGUGACAGCUCCACCCUCCGCAAACACCAUCGCAUCCAUACUGGGGAACGGCCCUACAAGUGCUUGGAUUGUGGGAAGAGGUUUCCAACCAGGGGGAAUCUCUACACGCAUGAGCGGACGCACACGGAUGAGAGGCCCUUCCACUGCACCGACUGUGGGAAAUGGUUCAAGGAGAAAUCCCAUCUUGUCACCCACCAGCGCAUCCACACCGGGGAGAGGCCCUACAAGUGUGGGGAGUGUGGGAAGAGAUUCACCCAGAUCGGUGUCUUGACCAAACACCAACGGACCCACCACAGGGAGAAGCCCUUCAAGUGCUUGGAAUGUGGGAAGAGCUUCAGGAAGAGCUCCCAUCUCCUCAGCCACCAGCACAUCCACACUGGGGAAUGGCCCUACAUGUGUGAGGAAUGUGGGAAGAGCUUCAGGCAGAGCUCCAACCUCCACAAACACCAGCGCAUCCACACUGGGGAACUUCCCUACAAGUGUGGGGACUGUGGGAAGAGCUUCAGUGACAGUUCCAACCUGAUCCGCCACAAGCACAUCCACACUGGGGAACGGCCCUACACAUGUGGGGAAUGUGGGAAGGGCUUCAGUUGCAGCUCCACCCUCCACACCCACCAACUCAUCCACACCAGGGAACGGCCUUACACGUGUGGGGAAUGUGGGAAGAGGUUUCACACCAGCUCACAUCUCCUGAAGCACGAGCGGACGCACACGGAUGAGAGGCCCUUCUGCUGCACUGACUGUGGGAAGGGCUUCAACCGGAACUUCCACCUCAUCACCCACCGGCGCAUCCACAACGGGGAGAGACCUUACAAGUGUGGGGAAUGUGGGAGGAGCUUCACCCAGAGCGGUAACUUGACCAAACACCAACGGACCCACCACAGAGAGAAGCCCUUCAAAUGCUUGGAAUGUGGGAAGAGCUUUAGUAGGAGCAACACCCUCCUCACCCACCAGCACAUCCACACUGGAGAACGGCCCUACCCUUGUGGGGAAUGUGGGAAGAGCUUCAGGCAAAGCUCCAAGCUUAUCCAACACCAGCGCAUCCACAGUGGGGAAUGGCCCUACACAUGUAGGGAAUGUGGGAAGGGCUUCAGCGACAGGUUCAGUCAAUGCACCCACCUGCGCAUCCACACUGGGGAACGUCCCUACAGGUGUGGGGAAUGUGGGAAGAGCUUCAACUGCAGCUCCAACCUCCUCACCCACCAGCGCAUCCACACUGGAGAACGUCCCUACACGUGUGGGGAAUGUGGGAAGAGUUUCAGGCACAGCUCCACCCUCCACUCCCACAAGCACAUCCACACUGGGGAACUACCCUACACGUGUGGGGAAUGUGGGAAGAGCUUCAGGAACAGCUCACACCUCCGUAUCCACCAGCACAUCCACACUGGGGAGCGGCCCUACACGUGUGGGGAAUGUGGGAAGAGCUUCAGUGACAGCUCCAAUCUUCACGCCCACCAACGCAUCCACACUGGAGAACAGCCCUACACUUGUGGGAAAUGUGGGAAGAGGUUUCAGACCAGCUCUCAUCUCCUCAGACAUGAGCGGACGCACACGGAUGAGAGGCCCUUCCGCUGCACCGACUGCGGGAAGGGCUUCAAGCAGAAUGCUCACCUCGUCACCCAUCGGCGCAUCCACACCAGGGAGAGGCCCUACAAGUGUGGGGAGUGUGGGAAGAGCUUCAGUGACAGCUCUACCUUGACCAGACACCAACGGACCCACUGGGAGGAGUCCUGGGGGUGCCCCCCAAAGUCUGGGGGGGAGAUGUACCGCAUCUGGCGUCCUGCCGGGGCCGGAGUUGGGGGGAUGUCCUUGGCCUUCCCUGUGGGCCGGAGGCAAAUCCCCUGCCUGUCCUUCUUGCUUCCUGCCCCAGGCCCCGAGCUGAGGACGGAGAGCCCGGAGGACAAAUCCCCCCGUGAGACCCUGGUGGGAGAGGCCGUUUUGAAGGGCUCCCCGGCGCAGGAAGGCAGCGGGGAGGAAAAGGGCCGGAGAUCCCCCCGCAGGAGGGGCUCCAAAGCCAUCCCAGGGUGCUCUGAGGAGGAAAGAGCCAGCCUGUGCCGGGAAGGCGGCCGGAGCUUGAGGGGGAGCUCUGAGCUGGUGGUCCCUGAGCAGCCUCCCAGCAGAGAGAAGCCCCUCAGGUGCUUGGAAUGUGGGAAGAGCUUCAAGAACAGCUCCCACCUGAUCCGACACCAGCAGAUCCACACUGGGGCACGUCCCUACACGUGUGGGGAAUGUGGGAAGAGCUUCAACCAGAGCUCCCACCUGGUCAAACACCAGUGCGUCCACACUGGGGAAUGGCCCUACAAAUGUGGGGAAUGUGGGAAGAGCUUCAGUGACAGCUUCAGCCUGAUCCGACACCUGCACAUCCACACUGGGGAACGGCCGUACACGUGUGAGGAAUGUGGGAAGAGCUUCAGGGACAGCUGCAGCCUGAUCCGACACCUGCACAUCCACACUGGGGAACGGCCCUACACAUGUGGGGAAUGUGGGAAGAGCUUCAGGGACAGCUGCAGCCUGAUCCGACACCUGCACAUCCACACUGGGGAACGGCCCUACACGUGUGGGGAAUGUGGGAAGAGCUUCAGGGACAGCUGCAGCCUCCGCACCCACCAGCUCAUCCACACUAGGGAACGGCCCUACCUCUGUCAGAAAUGUGGGAAGAGCUUUAGGAAGAGCUCCAGCCUGAUCCAACACCAGCACAUCCACACUGGGGAAAGUCCCUACCUCUGUGAGGAAUGUGGGAAGAGCUUUAGGAACAGCUCCAACCUCAUCACCCACAAGCGCAUCCACACUGGUGAACGGCCCUACAAGUGCUUGGAGUGUGGGAAGAGGUUUCAGACCAGCUCAAGUCUCCUCAGACAUGAGCGGAUGCACAGGGAUGAGAGGCCCUUCCGCUGCACCGACUGCGGGAAGGGCUUCAACCGGAACUCCCACCUCAUCACCCACCGGCGCAUCCACACCGGGGAGAGGCCCUACAAGUGUGGGGAGUGUGGGAAGACCUUCCCCCACAGCUCUACCUUGACCAAACACCAACGGACCCACCAGGGGGAGAAACCCUUCAUGUGCUUGGAAUGUGGGAAGAGCUUCAGGAGGAGCACCGACCUCCUCAGCCACCAGCACAUUCACACCGGGGAACGGCCCUACACGUGUAGGGAAUGUGGGAAGAGCUUCAGGAGCAGCUCCAACCUCAGCACCCACCAGCACAUCCACACUGGAGAACGGCCCUACAAGUGUGGGCAAUGUGGAAAGAGGUUUCAGACCAGCUCAAGUCUCCUCAGACAUGAGCGGACGCACACAGAUGAGAGGCCCUUCCGCUGCACCGACUGCGGGAAGGGCUUCAACCGGAACGGCAACCUCAUCACCCAUCGGCGCAUCCACACAGGGGAGAGGCCCUACAAGUGUGGGGAGUGUGGGAAGAGCUUCACCCAGAGCUCUAACUUGACCAUACACCAACGGACCCACUAGUAAGAGAAGCCCUUUGAGUGCCCCGACUGCGGGAAGAGCUUCGGCCGAUGCUUCCACCCCAAAUGAACCCCCUGAUGGUGAGGCAACCCCUGGAGUCCA